GUUCCCAGAGCGAUAGGUUUACUGCAGGCGAGAAAGCACACGGGCUUUUAUUAUUCCCAUACCGAGCGCGUUAGUCGCAGUGCGACGUGUGUUUGCAGUGCGUUUUGUCCAUUGUUUUUUUGUGCAACAAUAGAAACAAGACAACAAGAGCUCACAGGAAAGGAACAUUUUGGGUGUGUAUUUUAAUGCAGUGAUCGUCAUCCGUGCACCUACACCGCAGUAGGGGUCGUUUUCUGUUUUCGGUGUGUCGUAACCAAGAGGCAGCAGCAGCAGCAACAACAACAGGAGCAACAUCAGCGUGUCUAGUCAUAGUAUUUAUUGUGCGGCGCUACUAAUACUACAAAUUGAAAAAAGACACAUCGGUUUGUUUUUCCUCGCGUACGGUUAAGCGCGACAUCCCAACCACGGAAAACCACGCGGUCCAGCAUCACUUCGACGCCCGUAAGCCAUUAAAUUGUGAAACGCUUUCAACCGAAGGGGGCUUGAAUCCCGUUGCUUUUCGCUUCGCGACCACACAGCCGUAGAUGUGUGAGAGAGCGGGUGUGCGUGUGUGAGAGCGCGUGUUUUCUUCUUCUACUUUCUCGCGCCGUCUCCAUGUGUUUUGUUGUCGAUGUUGUUUGUUUGCCCAGCACCAUCCAGCAUCGUGGUCAUCUUUAGUAGAAUCCUGCUGACGGUAGCAGCAGGGAGCGUAGCAAUAGCAUAAGUGACACCAACAUCAUAAACAGCAACAGCAGCAACGCAAGCACCACCAGCAGCAGUAGCAGCAACAACAACAGCAGCAACAGCAAGUGCCGAUCGGGGGAGUGACGCGCUUUACGCUGACUAAACUGACGGUUCACUUAACAAACACGCCUCAUCUCUUUCUCGCAAGCAUUGCUCUCGUUCUCUCCCUCUCCCAACCACCGGUGCGCUACACCUCUCGUGUACUCGCCCUAGUCCUGACAGAUUCCCUUUGUUCUCGGACUGCGGGAAAAAGCGAACAGGAGAACAACAACAACACCAUCGCGGCAACAGCAGCAGCAACGCGGAUCGUCGCAGCAAGCGCGUGGUUUUUGACGGCUCUAGUGCGUGCAUUUGGUAGCGCGAACGCACGUUUCGCUAACGAUACACGUCCGAAAGCACGCGGUACAGCGGCAUAAGGUGUGUACGGUUUGGGUGUUUGCUGUCCGGUUUCCACCCACUGCGCUUGACGGUGGUGGCGGUGUUCAUCUGGGAGAGGGAGAGAGGUGUGCAGAACGAGAGGCGGUGAUUCGGUUGGUGACCGGAGCACAACGUGGUGUACCUGUACGACGGCAGUAGCUGUCACACGCUGCAGUUGCACUUUUAUCGAUCGGACAGCGGUGUGUGGCCAUUAUCAGCAUCUUGAACUGUAAAUAGCAAAACGUCGACCUCGUUGCAACCGGGAGGUGCUGCAUUAUAAUCAGUGCAAUCGGGUCUAUCUUCUGACGUACGACGACGAUACGCGUUUUACACAGGUGUGCGUGUGUGUGAAGGAAGCAAACGGAUAAGGAAACGUCGAAAACUGCCACUGCACGUCGGCCAACUUGCAAGAAGCAGCAGCGGUACGUACGAGUGCCAGAAAGAGAUCACCUUUCGAACGAAUUUACUACCGAGUUCCGAGUGGACGGAUUGUCUGUGCAGAGCGAGGAUAAGACAUCCGCGAGUUGUGCAAACGCAGUGCGAAAGAAAAGCGCAUCGUACGAACAGUUACAACGGCUAUUAGUCGUCCACCUCCGAAGAAUCGGCUGCAGAAGCGAGGCAGUAACCAUGUUGCGCUGCGUGUACUAAACAGCAGGCACUAGUCUAGUUAAUGUCACACGCCACACACCACUUCACAACGGUGUGCCUGCGCCACGAGCUUGCAUUCUCUGCACUUUCGAAGCCCCCAGUUUCGGUCUGUUACAGCAAUGAGCGGAUAAAAGUUUUCGCGUGCACAUCGGAAACUCCUUACACGCCUUGCCCAAAUAAUAGUGUGCUGUGCAUGCACGUUCCUGAUUUUCCUUUGUGCAAUUCACCGUUCCCGAACUACUUGUACAGAGCUUGACGAAGUGAAAAGCGGAAGUCCAAACCACGCGCUCGUGCUGCACCGGAAGUAACCUGCCGCGAAUUGUCGUACCAGUACACGAACAUUACAUACACGAGGCCGUUCUGUGAGACUGCUGUAAGCGGAAGGACCCAUAUUUUGUUGCCCAGGUGGGGUGUGCCGUUGUACAUCGUUGGCAGAUACCCUCGUGGUCAUUCGGCAGCAAGGAAGAACAGCAUCCAAGCAGAGCCAAGUAACGGAAAAGGAUACGCGAAUAAGAGAGGAGCAAAAAAAAAAAACACGCGGCGGGCACAUCUUCGAAGCAAUUACAAAGCGCAAAGCACCACCUUCCGCGAUAUGGCGUUGUGAAAGUGCCGUGGUAAAAAGGGAAAACUGUUCGUGUUUCAACGACCGCUUUGCCACUUUCGAUGGCACCUGGAACUACCACCGGUUGGUAAGGAAACGGUUGCAGUUGUUUCAAAUCACAAGACAUCGAAAAAGCACAUGGCCUGCUGACGGGAAAUGGCUGCUUGAGUGUAUUUUCCUCCCAACGAGCGUGUGUCUGUGUGCGAGAGAGUUUGUGCAUCGCUUUUUCAUAUCGAACGAGUGUGAUCAAUCACAGCAAGCGGGCAGCAGCAGCAUCAACCAGCGCAUUUGCAACGGAUCACCCCACACAAUACAUGCAAAACAACGUGUCCAUCAUUCUCUCGCGACGCUUGCAACGCAAGAGAAGAGACUGUGCAGUUUCGAUUUCAUAGCUCCCCUUGGUCCACUACUACUGCUCCACCACCCGUUAUGUUACGCUUCUUUCCACUGCAUCAAACCACAACCACCCUCUGUUGACGUGCAGCGCUUUACAACGACAGCUUCGCUAUAGCCUACCCCGAUUUGGUGUGCUCCAGGGACGACGCAGCAGCGUGAAACGAAAAUAACUCCACGGAUUCGCGGAUUUCUCGGUGACCUUGACGCGGGGGUCCGUUUGUUUUCGUCUUCCUUUUGUUUUUUUGGUGUACCGAACCAAUCCAACAACUUCCAGCGACAGUCACGUCGACCGUUCGCCUGGUUGCUGCAAGUAUUAUAUCGCCGAACCCUAGCGCACCCCUUCGAUUAAUCAUUCCCCGUCCUGCUCGCACGCAAGGGUAUCGCUGCAUCGUUGCAACCCUCUCCGCGCCACCAUCUAGCUGCUAGUCAACUGCAUCGCGAACAACUGCGAUGGUGGUGGGCAAGCGCUGCACUCGUGAUUAUUCGCUUCAUCGAUAGCAUAGCACCACCGCGUACCAGCCGUAGCAAAACGCGAUCGAGGUUGAAAUGGUUUUUGCAAAGUUUAACGCGUUAUAACACAGUAUUUGUUGCACUCGCGCCGCCCCAUUCCCCCCCAAACACCUCUCCACUUUGCCAUAGCGUCAACAGUUCAGUGAAUUCCAAGCAACCUUGCGUGUGCUUGUGUGUAUACGUUUGUAUAGUUGUAAUCAGGAGCCGCGCACACCUUCCUGCUCGCAGACUUCUGGUGCAUUACAAAGCAGCGCACAAACAAUAAACUGCGCGCAAACACACACACACACAGAACCAUUGAUUGCCUGACUGGUGGCAAGCUGAGAGGCAUGUAAUCGAUUCAACAGUGGCGCAAACGGCCAGAAAAAGAAGGCGCUAGUGAGCAAGAGCGCGAGAGCAAUAGCAAAACAAAAACAAACCCAACAACAUAUACCAACCCCCCCUUCAUCGAAAAGAAACGUCACACGCCAGCCCUGGUGAUCGAAGACGUUGUGCAUAUUCUGGUGAGCGAGCGAGCGAGCGGGUGAGCAAGUGAGAACAACUCGAAUUGCAUCACGACAGCCGAAGAGCGCGGGAGCGAGAUAGCGAGAUUGAGCGCAAGUGUGCGAGCUGUUGCAGUGUAGCUUACGGCCGGCCCAGCUGAGCGAACACCGAAUCCGAGCAGCUGAGUGGAAAUACUUCACACACACUGAACGCCAUACACAUACACAAUCGUACGGUUGCAGUGUAUAAGGCUACGAGAGGGGUUAGUAUUACAGCAUCAUCAGGCACGCGGUGCAUCGGUAGUCGUUGGUGCAAAUAAGCGGUUCGAAGGACCCGCGUUAAACUCUCACGUCGGAUUGGCCGUUCCUGAUGUUCCUAUCGAUUAGUGCAUUUUUUUAACGACGUCGGCGGAAUGUAGAACACAGCACCGCCCAAAACAAGACCUGUCACCAGCCCCCCGCCACCAAUCCCAUCUCAAGGACGGGAAUUGAAGCGGAAAACGUUAAACAGAGGAGGACACAAAGACGGAGCACUACGAUAUCAGUAUCAUCAUCGCAUCACCAACUCACCGUCGCCGUACUAACGAAGCGUGUUUCUCGCCAGUGUGCACCAAAUUGUGUGUGCGUAGUAUCCGGGGUACGUUAAAACGCAUCGGAAUCACACACCACUGCAGCCAGGCCUGCAGAAAACCCAAAAUAAAGCAAAACAAAAAAGCGCAGUGGAAGAAACAAUCGUGCGGUACAACGGCAAAGUAGAACGUGCCACAGCCACCAUCACCACACCAACCCCCAAUUACCACCCAUCGCACUCUGCUACACACGUAUAAGUAUGUGCGUAGGUGUGUGAACGCUCUUCUUGUGAUAUUACAACAUUCGCACAAUUCCUUGGCACACACCAUAUAUUAUUAGCUGUGUGGAGACAAGAGCAACCACGCGGUUGUGUUCAGUAAAGUACAAAAAAAAAAAACAACAACAAAAGCGCCAUCUUUAAGCAAACGGCAAACAAAUAUCCCCCCAAACUAAAGAGGCUCGUGAAUAAGGUAGUUGAAAAAAGUAGGAGACAAAACUGCAAAGUGCAAGGCGGGCCGAAUACUGGUAGUAGUAGCGGAAGCGAACGGUUGAGGCGAUAGUAGGUCGCGCAGAUUCGUUCGAUUCGAUUCGAACUGACCACCGUUACGAGCGUUAAUUAAGUAUGGAUAGCACGCAGCAGCAAAAGCAAUCGCGCACGGUGGACAGUGAUGAAGAGGAGGACGGGCGUGAGGUGAAGAUGCAGCUAGACGAGACGGUGGAUCUGAAGGGGCGAGCAAAGAAACGUGGAACAUCGAUGGAGAUCGGGCAGGAAGCUGCUGCUGGUCUGCAAAAGAGAGAAGCCGUAGCGAACAGCGAAGAGUUGCCGAAUCAGUCGCAGAAGAUUUGGAAUCAGUACGUUGUGCACGGCCUAAUCGAUAAGGGUACGUUCAGCACGGUCUCGCUGGCAACGCUGUGUUCCGAGCAGCACCUGCCGUUCGAUAAGCGGCGCCAGUUUGCGAUCAAGCUGAUCACGCAGACGAGCCAUCCGUCACGGAUCGAGCGCGAGAUUCUUUGUAUGAAGAAGAUUGGCGGUCAGCGUAAUGUGGUCGGUCUGCUCGGCGGGUUCCGGCUGGAGGGCGAGGUAGCGCUCGUGAUGAACUACAUUCCGCAGGAACCGUUCCACCUGUACUACGCGCAGCUAACGCCCGCCGAGGUGCAGCGCUUCCUGCAGCAACUGUUGAUCGCCCUCGAAUGGGUGCAUCUGCACGGUGUGAUCCAUCGGGACGUGAAACCGAGCAACUUCCUGCACAGUCCCCGUAACGGUGGUGGCUCCUACGUUUUGGUCGACUUUGGGCUUGCACAAGAAACGGAUAAAGGUGCGCUGUCACUGCGCACACCCGUCAUUCCUCGGAGGCCUGAAGGCGGCAGACUGGAGGAUCAGGUUGUCCCCCGGCAACAGGAUACCGUCGUGGUGCGCAAACCGUUGAAGAGACAGGGCAGUAACACUAGUACUACCACCACCCACCCUUUAAAGCUCUCGAAUAGUAGUGCGAUGAAAGAUCUCGGCGAUGUACCGCUGGCUCGGCAAACUAAAUCGGUUGUUGCCACCAUUGGAAGCGGGCUGAAGCAUCGCCGCUCGGCGGCGGUACUCGAAACCCGAUCGCCUUACGCGAAGGAUCUCAAAUCGGGCGUUAAUGGCACGUCCUCUAACCUGCCGUCGUGCAACUGUUCGUGCCGGCCACAGGUCUGCAAUGGGUGUUUGGUGCAGCCGGAAAUGAAUGCACCUCGGGCUGGCACACCGGGCUACCGGCCACCGGAGGUGUUGCUGAAGUAUCCGAACCAAACGACGGCCGUCGACAUCUGGGCAGCUGGUGUCAUCUUUCUGAGCCUGCUGAGCAAGUACCAUCCGUUUUUUACCAACGUGGACGAUAAUACUGCGCUGGCACACAUGAUUGAGGUGUUUGGCUUCCAGCGCCUACAGGAGACGGCCCACGCACUCGAUCGCAGGCUGCACGGCACACCGGAAACGAUGGAAAAGCAGCCGUACAAUCUGCGCCGCAUCUGUCAGCACUUUCGUGCUAUCCACGAUCAGCGCGAGAUGGGCGCGGGCGGUGGUGGUGAGGCGGGAGGCUCUAGCCCACCAUCUGGCCGGGACGAGGAAAAUUUUUGCUGCGGCAACUGUUGCAAGCCGCCGGAGAGCUGUUUGUGCCAGAACCGUAGGAAUGUAGCCGAUGGUUCGGACGGGCGGUCUUCGCGGAAUGCAGAAUGCGACGAGUACGGUCCGGACGCUUACGAUCUGCUGGAACGGCUGCUCGAAACGAAUCCGCACGUACGUAUUACCGCCGCGGAGGCGUUGAAGCAUCCCUACUUUCAGGUCCAAUACUGAACUCUGGGCAUCGGUGGUUUAACGAAUUGUCUUUGGGCACGUUUGAGAGUUUGGGAGUUUGAUACAGAACGCCGCCCGACACAAUUGCACCAGCACCACCGGUACAAACUACAUAUGACUAAGUAUGUAGGAGCAGAAGUAAGAGGAUUGUGUGUGGCCAGUGGCGUCAAUUAAUGCCAGUAUGUACAGCAACAACAAAAAGCAGAAAAAAACAACGCAACGAGAGAUUGAGACCGAUGCAGGAAGAAUAGGGGGGGGGGGGGGGGGUGGCAUAAGAGAGUUAGAGAUUAUCUUUGCAAAGUUCAUUACUUCUUUAAGUUACCACCGAAUAGAUAACACACGCUCUAAUGCCACACGAUCGUUCUCACGGUUGCAUCUCAACCAUAAAUCGAACGCCAAAAGCGAGAAUGCCCCAUUUACACAGACCAUUCUACACGCAGCGAACACAUACACACCGACGACACACAGGCACUUGUGGCAGGAUGCCCUCUUCUAGAGAUGGGGAAGCGUCCCGUAUUAUAUAGGCCAGUAUGAUGAAACACACGUCCGCGAUAGUGCAAUAGAGAAAGAGACAGAACAUGCGAGAGAACGAGAGGGUACGAGACAGAGAAACAAGUGCGCCUACAUUCCUUUUCGUCCUUGUACUACACCCAAGGCUCUAAAAUGGGACGAUGAGCCAAGACUAGCAUCCCACUGGGCCCCACGUGUGGCCGAUUGCACCAACUGGCGAGAUGCGGCAUCUCACACGCCCAUAUUGCACAUGUGCUCACAAACAAGAGCCCCAGCUCUAGCGAAUGUAAAAUUGCGAAGCAAAAGAAAAACACGUAAAGGUGCGCGCCAAACAUGCGCCAAUUGCCAUGCGUUGUUGUCGCACGUCGGUCACACCGGAGUGUUCCUCCUUCAAUCGUUUUUUUUUAUAUUACAAUGUGGUGUGAUGAGCUCUCUCUUAAUCAGCAAGGAGAAGGAGGCGAAGCAGGAGGAACACAGAACGGCAGGCGGUUUUUGUUUGUAAAAUGUUUGUUUUCAUUACUUUAUUUAUAUUUAUGUACCUUUUUUUUUGUUUUGUUCUUGUUCUUAAGACAAAAGUCUGGUUUAGGAAACGAUAUGCUCUAGUUGGCGCAAGCGCGUAGCUUUCACGAGAAGCUGAUUAUUUAUUUCUUUUGUUUUAUCUAUAUUUCGAUGCAGGGCACCGGUCUUCCCGGCCGCAGCUUCCCACCCGAUUCGCUCUUCCGCUAGGUGGAAUUAACGGAGCGUUUGGGUUGGAAGCGUGCGGUUCGCGGACGAUAAGUUGCCCAGCAUCGAAGGAUCGUGUUGAGCGCCGUAAUUUUAAAUCUAUUUAUUAAAUUAUUAUUGUCAGAAAGCUUUUUGAAUUUGAAAAUGAAACGUGUUGGAAAGCGAGCGGCGUUUUACGUUUUAAUCUGUUGCUACAUCUGUUGGUUCAGUUUCUAGUAUAUAAGCUUCUUCAAAGCUUGCCUCUUGGGAGCGUGCGUUCGUGUGACACGGUGAGGGGUGUAAAUGCCCAAGUCCAAUCCAUGGGCGGUGGGGUAUAUGCAGAGCGCCGCACCUGGCACUGCUGAAAUCUUACGCCUGUCGCCCAAUUCAGCAGCAUUAUAUUUGUAGAGUUAGAGCGAGAAUGAGAUUUCGUACCGGCCAGCGGCAUAAGAUUACGAAAAGGACGCACGACAAAGUGUUAUUUGAUAGGACGAUAGGGCAUGGCCAGUAGCAAUUGAGGCGUGAGGCAAAGUCGGAAAGGCGCACCACCUUCCACGGAUGUAGGAAGCGCCAGCGUGGUCGUAAUGCAAGCAAACAAACAAUGAAAAAAAGAAGUACAACAUUAAACCAAUGGGGGUAUGAUUACAAAAUCAAAACAAACAAACAAAAACACAAUCAGUGUAGCCAAUGGGGAAAUGGGACGAGAAUCGCAUCAUCAUCAACGUAGAAUUAACGCCUGUGGUUGAGAUGUAGUAUCUAUGAAUGUAUAUCUGUCUCUAUAUAUAUAUAUAUAUGCGCAUGUAUAAUAGAUUUAUAUGUGCGCGUGUGUGUACGUAUGUUUGUAUAUGUUAUCGUCGGGACACAAGGCACCCCGUUACCGCUGUUUCGUCCUUGUUCGAAAACGAUCUGUCCGCAUCUGCAGUUGCAUGGCACGUACUGAGCAGCCGAGCUCGUCUGUGGAAGUAAAAAGUGACAUGAACUUUCGUUUUUAUCUUGUUAAACUGCAUCCCACGCGGCUUUCCUUACAUUACCUUCACCUCGGCUUUAUUAAUCGGUUGAAAAUAUGGAGUUUCCCUUAUUCCCUUUUCCCUUUCAUCCCUAUGUGCUAUAAACCGUUAAAUUAAAUUUUUCCUUUCCAAACCCAUCGCUCGAGAGAAACGAUCUCAUCGGUUGUGCAAGGGACACGGAACGUUACGGGGGCUGCUGUUAUUGCAUCCAUAACGUUCCAUCUGUUUAAGGAGGCGAGGGCAGCCCCUCGUUAAGAAGUACUGCUCUAGAGAAGAACAGACAGACGGAAGUAACAGAGGAGAAGCGCAUGCGAAACAAAGCAUAGGCAUUGUUGGCGGAUUUUGUGCGACACAGAACUGGUAGGAAACAAAACUGAAACACAUGAAACGGAUAAACGUGCGGUGCACUCGCAGUGGCACAGGCAUUUCUAUGGUACUAACCAUUGGCUAGAUGCAACCACCGCAGACAGGGAAUGUAGGAAGUGUAGCACAAUUUGAGUGUAAUGUAUUUUAAAUCGUAAUACCCGUUGACGUGUAUGAAUGAGCAAGAAAAACAUCCCACGUGUAGGUAAAUUAAACGCAAUAUCGUCUGAAAUGAA